AUGUAUUGUGAGCAUUUACUGAGCAUUGACUAUGUCCAACAUCUUCUUUAUGAUAUAGGGCUAAAGGCCGAAUUCUCUCCUCCUGGGAGUGAGGCCAAAAGACAAAUUUCAUUUGUUGCUCAAUCUUUAAAGAUUGAAGAAGACCAAAAUGCUCGGGUCACCCUUUUGGAGUAUCUAAGCAACUUCACCCAGUCGAAUGGGACAAUUUUGUACAGGAGACAAAAAUCUUGGCCGAGGAGAUUCCCGUCUUAUGCAUCUGCCAAUGGACAAGAUAUCACGAGUUCAAGCAAUGAAAAGGUCGAGAAGAAGAAGUCGAAUGAUAUUCCGUUUUAUACCAUCGGUUUCAAGUCUGCUACACCCGAAUACACUCUUCGAACUCGAAUUUGGGCAUCUCUUCGCGCUCAGACAUCGUAUCAAACGGUAACCGGGUUCAUGAACUACUCCAAAGCCAUCAAGCUCCUCUAUCGAGUCGAAAACCCCAACAUUUUACAGCUUUACGGUGACAAUCCGGACAAGUUAGAACGCACGUUGGAGCGGAUGGCCAGGCAAACGUUUCAAUUUGUGGUCUCUAUGCAACGAUACUUUGAAUUCAGCAAGGAGGAAGUCAAAAACACCGAGUUUUUACUGAGAGCUUAUCCUGAUAUCAACAUUACUCAAAUUUACUCUGCGUUCAUCGAUGGUCAUCAGGAUAAUUAUCUUAAAGAGUAUCUCGAGAUUUGUAACAUGCUUGGAGAAUUUGAAGAUUUUUAUGUUUCCAACCGAUCACCGUACUUAUCGACUGGUGCAAAAGAAUUCACCAAGUUUCCUGUUGCGAUUGUCGGAGCAAGAGAAUACAUUUUCUCAGAAAACAUUGGUGUUCUCGGUGGUGUUGCAACUGGAAAAGAACAAAUCUUUGGCACACUCGCUGACAGAUCGCUCAAAAAGUACUUCGGAACCCAACUGCCCCUUGAUCGACUUCUUACAUUUUAUUAUGCUCAUCCUGGAUUUCACAUGAAUAAGAUUCUCAUCAUCUUUGCUGUUCAAGGUUUCAUGUUCACGAUGGUAUUCCUAGGUACAUUGAAUUCCUCACUGACAAUUUGUAAACACAAUUCAGAAGGUCAAUUCAUUGUUUUGCCCGAUUUUUACAACUUCGUUCCCACAUACGAUUGGAUCAAGCGAUGUAUCGUGUCUAUCUUUAUCGUUUUCUUGAUGAUUUCCUGCCACUGUUCUUGCAAGAGUUGA